AUGGAUUCUUAUAAUCUCUCUCCUCUCUCCCUCCUCCAUCGGAUCAAAGAUUCCUUCCACUCCACCGUUUCCGCCAUCCUUGCCAACCUCUUCUCCGCCCUCUUCACCUUCUUCUUCGCUCUAGUGGGGACUUUUCUAGGAGCCUUUACAGGGGCUUUGAUCGGCCAAGAAACAGAAACCGGUUUCAUCAGAGGAGCCGCCGUUGGUGCUAUCUCUGGUGCUGUCUUCUCCAUCGAUGUCCUUGAAUGUUCCCUCCUCCUUUGGCAAACCGAUGACUCCGGUAUUGCUUGCCUUCUCUACUUGAUUGACGUCAUUGCUAGCCUUUUGAGCGGGCGGCUUGUUCGCGAGCGUAUUGGUCCUGCAAUGCUUAGUGCUGUCCAGAGUCAGAUGGGAGCCGUGGAGUCACAGUUCCAAGACCACACUGAUAUCUUCGGCACUGCCAUUUCAAAGGGGCUCACGGGGGAUUCUCUCGACCGAAUCCCAAAGGACUUUCAGGUGGGAGAUACUGUUAGAAGUUUGCCGCAUUGCCAUCAUAUGUUCCACCUACCGUGCAUCGACAAAUGGCUUCGCAGCCACGCUUCUUGUCCCUUGUGCAGAAGACUUAUUUGAAUUUAGACCUCUCUCUUUUUUUCUUUUUUUUUUGUAAAUGAUAUAUAUAAAACCCAAACACACUACUGGUUGGUGUUCCUUGAUUAUUUAGGUUACACAUUACACAUCAAUUGUCACUUGAUUCAUCUCUUGGAGAUCCUGAAUAUUUAGGUUACCCAUUACAUUCGUGGCAUUAGCUUGAUA